GCCAAACAGGAAGGCGUGCUUCUUUUGGCGUCAUCGGGCGUCGCCAUGACACAAACGGAAGUGGUGGCGAAUUUAUUCCGAAAAAAAGGGGAAUAACGGCGUAUAGAACGGAGAUCGGGAGGAACAGCAUGAAACGGGAAAUACCAUCUUCCGGGGGAGCCCCGAUAAGUACCUGACGGAUUAUCGGACGAAACCCAGCGCACAUCACGAUAUCUACGAAUUGUAUAAGAGCAAGGCUGGAUGGCGCAGUCUGACCUAGGAGCCCGGGCUUUGGUGGAGGAUUUUGUGCGGUACAAGUUAUGCCAACGUAGUCUUGUUCCAGAGCCUGCAGGACCAGCAUCCUGUGCUUUGCAUUCAGCUAUGCGUGCUGCAGGGGAUGAAUUUGAGGAGCGAUUCAGACAAGCAUUCAGUGAGAUCUCCACACAGAUCCACGUGACCCCCGGCACAGCAUAUGCACGAUUUGCUGAAGUAGCAGGUAGCCUGUUCCAAGGAGGGGUGAAUUGGGGGCGUAUAGUUGCAUUUUUUGUUUUUGGUGCCGCACUGUGUGCUGAGAGUGUCAACAAGGAGAUGUCCCCUCUUCUGCCACGGAUUCAAGACUGGAUGGUGACAUAUCUGGAGACAAACCUGAGAGGCUGGAUUCAGAGCAAUGGAGGCUGGAAUGGAUUUCUAACUCUAUAUGGGGAUGGUGCCAUAGAAGAAGCCAGGAGGCAACGUGAGGGGAAUUGGGCAUCACUGAAGACUGUCUUAACUGGAGCGGUAGCUCUGGGUGCUUUGAUGACAGUAGGAGCCUUGUUUGCCAGCAAGUGAUAGAGACUUAGAAACCAGACAAGUAAUAGACACUAAGAAUUAACUGAUACAGUGCGAAGGAGGUGUGUGUGCUCAUGAGUGUUAAUUUGAGUUUCAGCUAUCUGUCUUUUUGUUAAUCUUAUUUUGUUAUAGUCUGAGUGAUGUAUUUGUGAAGGUGUGUGUGUGUGCUUUGUGUUUGUGAGCCUCACAGACUGUUUUUAAAUGUGCAGCGUGCUUAAUUAGUUUGAUUGCCUGUGCCGCUUUCCCUGUUCAGCAUUUAUAUUUCGUCCAAACUUCUUUUCUCUUAUGCCUGUUGGUCUAUGCAGAAUUUAUGUCUCUGGUAUGUGUAAUGUUUACUGUGUCUUUGUUACAGCGUGACUGUUGUGUUUGUUGGUAUUGCUCUGUUUGGAUAUGGGAGCAGUAACUUUAAAAUGUGUGGGUGCAUUGUGCUUGGAUUCAAUGAUUCUGUCAACAAUGCUGAUAUUUAUCACUUUUCUGUUGGCUUGUGAUGCUAUGUACAAACUCCUGAUGAAGUAGGAGUUGCCAUAAAGCCUUCUCUCUGGUAGCCCAACCAGGUGACUACUUGUUUGCAGAGAGUAAAACAGUUUGUCUAUUGGAUAUGGCUCGCUUGCCACUAGAGAUGUGACCUUAUUUUUUGCUAAUGUAUGAUUUGCAUGUGUAUUCCUCUAGCUCUCUUUCAGAAGUUCUGCCAGAGAGUUGCUGCACACUUCUCUGAGUGAUCUAUCACUCUCCCAAAUUAGGUUGAUUACAAAGUCAAUUAGCAAAGCCUUGAUUUUUCCCCAGAUAAUGAUCAUCAUUCCUCAUAUUUCUGGACUUGCUGCUGUCUCCAAAGUGUCAUUAUCUCUGCAGGGAGAGGAGCAAAUACUGCUCUCCUUCCCAAACAUCCUGAUGUGUUGUCAUUCACCUCUUGGAAUAAAUGCAGAUGAAGAGGAGCCUGCUUCACACAUGGACCGACAUGGCAAUGGAACCCACCCAAGUAGAGUGAGCUUUGAGAGAAUAGGGUGGGACGCACAACUCAACACAGCCUCUUUCAGAAAUGAUUGUGUUUUGUAUUUCCUCUGUAUAGAACACUAAAGGAAGGGUCUGGUAAAGUUCUCAUUGUGCAUUAAAGAUUCCUGUCUGAGGAGACUUUUCUCAUUCAUUUCACAUGGAUUAUACUUAUUAUCUAUACAUAUAUGAAACUUGCUAUAAAUUAGUCCUAGUUAUUGGUCAACAGCUGUAGCUCUCUGUAACCCUCUUUACGGCUGAUGGUCAGUUUGGCUUUCAUGGUAAUAACCUCAUAGAUGUUAUUUGUGUAACCCUAUUGGCUGCUGCACUUUUUUUUAUUUUUCAGCCACAUGUAUUCCCUGCAACUCUGUAUUCCUACUCCAUUAGAAAUGGUUUGACCACAAUAACUACUAUUGCAAUGUACUGUAUAUAACCCACCCGGUACUUUUUAAAAGUGCCCCACCCUCUUGCAAAGUGCCCCCUCUCAAACAGAACUGCUCCUUUGCCUUGGUGGAGUUGGUGGCUGCCAUGUCUGGCUGUGUCACAUCCAAUGUGCUGGCUCACAUGCUUUGAUUGCCAGCCAAGAGCAUGGACACUGUAAACCUAUUGGGUCCUGUUUUCCAGUUGGCGAUUAAGGGAGCCUACACACUCUAUUGACAUGGCAGCUACCAGCUCCUUUGCUCUACUUGGCUUUGUCAGCUUGGGUACAAGGAAAAGGGACCACUGAAGGUGAGCAUUCAGUGUGAUUUGGAAGUGGGGGUCACUUUUAAAGUCAGUCAAAGUAUUUUGUUCUCCUUUAAAAUAAGCAUGAUGUAUAUUCAUUGUAGCAUCUCUGCCACUACAAUAGAAACCAAUACAAAGGUGAUGAGUUAUGUCUUGUUCACAAAAAUAUAGGUAUAUCCCAACUGUUUGAACCUCAAAUCCUUUGGUACAGUUUCCUUUUAAUAUAGUAGGUCUGCAGGUUUUGGAAGAGACGUGGUUUAGUACCAGCUCUGCUCUCACACUAUCAAAAUGUAAGAUUAGAGCUCACCACAAAAAAACAACACAGAAUUUCUAUUUAUUCCUAUGGGAUUUUUAAAAGUGUAUUUAUCACAUAGUAAACUCCUUUCACCCACUGAUAAAUACACUUCUAAUCUAAUUGGAAUAAUUAGAAUGUGGGUAUGUUUUUCUGAGACACGCUCUAAUCAUUUUGAUAAAUCUGCCUCUUUACUAUGUUUUGAAUCAUUCCUGUAAAACAAGAAUUGGAUAUUUUUUUUA